AUGACCACAGGCCCUGAACCCUCGGCUCGGGCGCCGAAGCGGAUUCUCUUCAUUGACGCCUAUGACUCCUUCACCAAUAACAUCGUCUCACUCCUCCGAACCAUCCUCGGCGCAGACAUUUUUGUGAUAAGAAUCGAUCUUUCGGUGGUUGAUAAAGUCAAUGAAGAUGAUGCGCCUGCCAAGUGGACAGAGCAAGAGUUUCUCAACAAUCUUGAUCAAUUUGACGCUGUAGUCUGCGGCCCCGGUCCCGGAUCUCCGCUUAACCCGGAAGAUGUUGGUGCGUUCAAUUUGCUUUGGGAUCUCCCCGAGCAUCGCCAGUUGCCAAUUUUGGGUAUAUGCCUUGGCUUUCAGAGUCUACUUGCUACGCAUGGCGGGUCUGUGAGGAGGCUCAAGAGGGGUCUGCAUGGUAUGGUGAGAGAGAUUGAGCACCAGGGAGAAGAUAUCUUUCGAGGAGUGCCGCCCUUCAAAGCUACUCUAUACCACAGUCUGUGUGUUGAUAUCGGUCAGUACAGUGAUGAUUGGGAGGAUGAGAAGCGCUGGAAGCCAACGUCAGAAUUUUCACCACUGGCGUGGGCGACAGAGACCAGAGACGAUGGUCGAAGAGAGCAGAUUCUCCAGGGCGUGAGACAUCUCAAGAAGCCAUUCUGGGGCCUUCAGUAUCACCCAGAGUCUGUGUGCACUGAGAAGAAUGCACAAGGCGUUCUUAUCAACUGGUUCCAGGCUGCGUUGCAGUGGAACAACUACCAUGGACGACGAGUACAUGGGCCACUAUUGGAAAUUCAGACUCUUUCACCGCCGAACCAUCUCGAGGCUGCAGCUGCACACAAGGAGCGACUAGCAAGAGAUUGGUGGUCGACGUCUCGUACUGAAGGAACACCGUUGAAAGACUUUGCGAAAGGGGCAGAAUAUACGCAUCGCACAAUUUCUCUACCUCCAGGGGCUGGCGUACCAGAGAUAGUCGAGACGUUGGGAUUGGAAAAGGGCGAGACUGUUAUUCUUGACUCCUCGAGUUCAAAGAACGGCGAUGCGCUGGCUCUUAACAGCAUCGUGGCCCUCGAAGUCGAAGAGGCACUGCGGCUCGAGUACAAUGUCUUGGACGAUUAUGUUACCGUACGACUCCCCGCUAGAGUUGGUGGAGAGGACAAAAUCGAGACGAUAAGUCUUGAAAAUGGAACUGUCAACGUCUGGGAGAUUAUCUCAGAUUUCUGGGAGACGAGAAGUCACCCUGCUGGAUCUGAUAAGUCUAACUCGGCUUUCAAAGGUGGUUUCAUGGGCUUCAUCACUUACGAAAUGGGGUUGCACAGCCUUGAGAAGAAGAUGGUCUCAGAAGAUAGGGGCCAUACGAGGCCGGAUAUUUGCUUAGCGUGGGUAACCAAGAGCAUUGUUAUUGAUCAUCGAGCAGGUGUUGCACAUGUCCAGAACUUGAAGGUCCGAGGGUCAGAUGAUUCAUGGCUUGAAGAUAUGGCCAGGAGGAUUCAACAAUCCCAGUACUGGGAACCUACAGAGAUGAGCAACGGUGUCAAUGGACAUAUCAACGGCAACUCUGCUAAGCACAGCCAAGUCAUGAUCACAACCCCACAACCAGACAGGUACGAGGAGCAAGUUCGAGUGUGUCAGGACUUUAUCGCCGCAGGAGAGUCGUACGAGCUGUGCCUCACAUCGCAAACCACAAUGGCAAGACCUCGUGCAAGAAACAACCAGAGAAGCCCCUGGACCAUCUACCAAACGCUGAGAAAACGACAGCCAGCUCCAUUUGGAUCCUUCAUUCGUCUUGGCGGCGCAACAAUGCUGAGUUGCUCUCCUGAGCGCUUCCUUCGCCAUGAUAGCAAUGGAUUAUGCUCAAUGAGGCCAAUGAAGGGUACUGUCCGCAAGUCGGAGGCUGUGUCGACACUCGCACAGGCCGAGAAGAUCCUCCACGUGCCCAAGGAGGUGGCCGAGAACCUCAUGAUCGUCGAUCUAGUUCGACACGACUUACACGGUGUUUGUGGUGUUGGCCAUGUUACAGUUCCUGAUCUGAUGAAGGUUGAGGAAUAUGCGACUGUCUUCCAGAUGAUCACUGUUGUCAAUGGUCAACUCCCCGGGCGCAAUGGACAUAAGCCCCAUGGUGCACGCCGAAGCAGCUUCGAUUCUCAUUGCCCUUAUACAGGCCUAGAUGCUUUAGCUGCGGCUCUGCCCCCUGGAAGUAUGACAGGAGCGCCCAAGAAGCGCAGUUGUGAGCUCCUACAGGUCAUCGAGGGCCAGCAUGAAAGAAGUCUUUAUUCUGGUGUCGUGGGAUACAUGGACGUCACAGGCGCAGGUGACUGGAGUGUCACUAUUCGAACAAUGUUCCGGUGGGACGAUGAGGAGGCUCCCGCUGAAGAGGGCGAGACCGAACCGAGAGAAGUUUGGAGAAUUGGAGCUGGAGGCGCGGUAACGAUUCUUAGUACCCCUGAAGGUGAAAGGGACGAGAUGUUUACCAAACUGGCUGGUCCUAUGGGCGUUUUCAGAGACGCAGCUUGA